UACUUGGUAUUUUAUGCUAAUUCUACCAAUCUCUAGUUUUAUAAGCUUUUCGAUAUAAUUAUGAAUUCGGUUGCUACUUGCUAAGGAAUUAUACACCUACCGAAUCCAAAAUAUAUAACUAAAACAUGAGAUUCAGUCAAUAAGGUUCGAAGUCUUUAAGGACCCCGUCUAACAAAAUUUGUUGACAAUCAAAAUUGUCAUCACAUUUUUUUUAAAAGCUUGUUAGUAUAUUUAUUAAUUAAUUAAUGUGUUGCUACACAAAAUUUAGUUCCGUCUAACAAAAUUAAUGUGUUCCAAAUUUUAAUAUUGGUUGCAUCAACACUCCAUACGACGAAAUCUACAAUUUUCAAACAUUAAAAAACCAGCUCAAUAAAAUUUUCUUCUCUACGGAAGUUGAUACUUUUACGUCAACGUCAUCAUGUAUUCAUAAAGAUUGGACGAAAUUGAAACGGUUAAGCUACAAGUUGUAAAUGGUUGAUUAUUUUUAAUUGGAAAAUAAAGAAGUCUUAUAUAGAGAAGGGAGUUACAAAAAACAAGAGAAUUGAAGAAGAGUUAAAGGAUCAAAGAUGGGUAGCAAAAGCAAAGAUACAGAGGGAGAUCCAAUAAAGAAGGUUUUGACUCACAGAGGUCGAUAUGUCCAGUACAAUUUGUAUGGAAACUUAUUCGAACUUUCCUGCAAAUACGUUCCUCCUCUUCGCCCUAUCGGUAGAGGCGCUUAUGGCAUCGUCUGUACUGCUGUUAAUUCCGAUACACAUGAGGAAGUUGCCAUCAAGAAGAUUGCCAAUACAUUUGACAAUAUUAUUGAUGCUAAAAGGACUUUGAGAGAAAUUAAGCUCCUACGUCACAUGGACCAUGAAAAUGUUAUUGCUAUAAAGGAUAUAAUACGACCUCCACAAAAGGAUGCUUUUAAUGAUGUUUACAUAGUUUAUGAAUUGAUGGACACUGAUCUUCAUCAGAUUCUUCGUUCUGAUCAACCUCUCAACCUUGACCAUUGUCAGUACUUUCUAUACCAGCUAUUAAGAGGACUGAGGUAUGUGCAUUCAGCCAAUGCCUUGCACCGUGAUCUUAAACCAAGUAAUUUACUUUUGAAUGGAAAUUGUGAUCUUAAAAUUGGGGAUUUUGGUUUGGCGAGGACGACAUCUGAAACGGAUUUUAUGACCGAGUAUGUCGUUACUAGAUGGUACCGAGCCCCGGAAUUGCUCCUUAACUGUUCAGAGUACACCUCUGCUAUUGAUGUUUGGUCGGUUGGUUGCAUAUUUGCUGAAAUUAUGACCAGAAAAACCUUGUUUCCAGGGAAAGAUUAUGUUCAUCAACUAAGGCUUAUAACAGAGGCUUGAAUUUCUCCGAAGUGAAAAUGCGAGAAGGUAUGUCAAACAACUUCCUCAAUGCACGAAGCAAAAUCUUUCGGCAAGAUUUCCUCAUAUACCGCCCGAGCCUCUGGACCUACUAGAGAAAAUGCUUAUAUUU